CUCGAAUAACAACAAGCUUUUCCUUGAAUAUCAGUUGGGUUUUGCCGCUGGUUGAAGCAACAAUGAAUGACCUGCAUGCCGCGUGCACUGACUGGGAAGGCAAACUGCCUGAAAGCAGAGACGGAGUCCCUGUGGCCAGUAGUGGCGACCUUCGCAGGCAAAUUUUGCAGACCGCUAGAAAGGCGGGCGAUGUUGUCGCAUGAUUUACCGUUCCAUUCAAGGUGUCAACCCUUUUUUUUGAAUUUUCGAAAAAAGGACUGAGUGGACAGAGAGGACAACAUCAAACCGUAUAUUAAUAAGUACACGCUAACUGCAUCUGCUCUAGAAGGACGAGAAUGCAGAUGAACUCGCCUUCGUCCAGUCCACCGGACCUCAACCGGCCUCCCGAAUGCGGCGAGUGCAAGCCUUUACACGAAGUUUAUCCUACUGGGAGUACCUACCUGUGCAAUGGAUUCUGCUUCACAGGACAUAACAUGGGUCCACAAGACUGCACGAAUCAGAGGAACCUUAGCUGUGCAAACGUUUUUGCAUGGUAUUUCUAGAGAUUUGGAUUUUGAAGGUUGUUGUGAGAGGAGCAGCUUGUUUUCAAUAAAUAUGAUCCACCACCUAGUAUGUUUUUGGCUUCUUCCCAAUUCCAAGAACGAGAAUGCAUCCAGUAUCCAAGCACCCCCAACAAAAUUCCAGGCUCGCCAUCCUGAUUCCAUCGACAAUUUAUGCGUUUUUGUGCGUUCCGUACUUCCUCGAAGAUGGGCUUUAUGCUUUGCCCAUCUGCACCGGCAUCAUAUUUUGGCUUUGUGUAGUCCUCCUCCUUUGGACGGAGAUGCAAGACCCGGGAGUCGUUCCCAAAGGCCACGUGGUAUUAGCAACUAAAGGAUUACGCGAAGCAUUGGUGGAUCGUCUAGGCUACGAUGUCAUCUCUGGUCUCAGCAAGGAAGAUUUGGGUCAAAUUCGGAGUUCGUUGAGUGCAAGAGGACGCGGGUCACGGUUUUUGGAUGAAGAGACAGGAAACAUAGCAGGGACCACCUCAGGGCGGCAGUACCAAGGAGCAGAGGUAGACCAGUACCAGGUGUAUCCGGGUGUAGACAAUCUUCAGCUGAUACCGCAAGAUCGUCUUCAGUUGGGUCAGCAAGGUAUGGCAACAGGAAAAGAGCUUGUUAGAUGAAUGGUCUAGUACGAGCCACUGGUGACUCAUUAACAAUUAUAACUACAUAUUUAAUUACAAGACUUAUUUCAUUUUCUGUUUGAAGUUUGAUGUUCCCCUCAACAAGUUAGUAUCCCAUCCUCCCUCAUAAGCCCGCAUUAAUACACUGGGAGGUGGUGCGAAGUACUUGCUAGAGGGCAAUUCAGCUGCCAGUCCGCCGACCGCUUCUGAAGGCUCGUGGAGUCUAUCGUUCUCCUCAGCUUCCAGUUGUACAACUGGUCCUGGUCGAACUACAGUGGCUGGGUACCACAGUGCUGGUGGAGGAACUACGUGGUCUUUUGGUCGUGAGGACGUAGAUUUAAGGGUAGGUUAAAGGUGCUUUUCUUACCGCUUUUUAUGCUUCUCCGAAGGGAGAAAGGCAUAACAAGCGGGGUAAGCGAGCACCAAAAACCUACCUCUAAUAGAUUUUGACAACGUCGGCGAUCUGCCUCCUUGCGUCCACGACGCUGGUGCUCGCGCUUGUGAGGUUGGCGCACAGUGCUGUCCAGCAGCGACGCAACUAGUCUUGCCGUACUGCUCACCACUGGACUACAACCACGAAAAGUGGGGGAAUCAGAUGAAGAAUAUCAUGGAUUAAGGUGACUGUUCUUGUGGAUUAUGCUGAUGUUUCCUCGUGAUGUGAGCUUCUACGUUCUUCUGCACUACGUCGAUGAAGGCCAAGAGGAAGGAUCAUCCUUAUUCUUUACCGUAUUUUUCCUUUGGUUUGAAUUUGAUCGUAAUACAUAGGAGAUGAAAUUCCUCUCUAAGCGAAGGAAGAACCAGCAGCCGACGCGCACCCACAACCACCAGGAGGUGCUUCGCAACUUUACCGCAUUGACGCAGCUAGUCGUGUAUCUUCAUCUGCUGCUGACCCUUGUGCUGGGGGCAGAUCGAGCAGCGGAUCCUCUUCGAAUAGCAUCUAUGAUCCUUACAACAAACCAUGGAGUCAAACAAAUCCACCAGGUUCGGCACCUGACUUCCGAGAAGACGCUUCGCCGGAUGACGAGGGGGAUUAUUACCAACGAAGUUGUAGAACAAAUGUUUGCACCUACGGUCCAACAGACGACUCUUCACCUGAAAAAUGUUCACCACAGAAAGCUAGAGCACCGCGACAAGAAGCAGAAAAGCUAGAGGACCCGGAUCAUCACAGAAAGCUAGAGCAGGACCACGCAGAAACACUCUACCAUCCGAAUAUUAAGGCUAGUUUAUCACUAUCGCAUGUGAACUAUGCUGAGCGGAUUUUCCCCCCUGGACUUAUUUAGGGGAAACUAUUAAGGGGGAAAAAGGAAGAGGGGAACCCACUCAGCCACGAAUAGUGAAAAAGUACCUUUAAGAGUAUGCCGUUGCAGAGGAACAGUCAAGGAGUUUUGCUUCCUCCUGUGCCGAAUAGACGAUUUUCGGGAGGUAGCGUUGAGGAGUUGAUCCUAGUGCAUACACCAGUUGAACGCAGAGUGGAUCAUAGAGCAAGUUCUUCGACGAUAGGGAGGAGACGAAGUCAGCAUUUGCCUCCACAAGACGACCAUGUAAUUGAACUUGUUGGAACGUCAGGGACAAAUGUGGACAACAUCAGCAAGUCAAACAAGCCUGGUCCUGGUGCAGCAUUUCUUGGGGAGACCACCGAAGAUGAUGAACAGGCUAUCGAUGAUCGUAAAGAGCGUGUGCGAGCGAUGCUCUUUCCACCACUAUCGUCUAUGGCAGGUGGCGGCGGUGCUGCUGACACGAGUGGGAGAGCAGCAAGAGAGGAAUCGGAUGAGCGAGGGGCCACAGUUUCUUAAGGAUAUACGUACUUAUGUACAUGAAAUUUAGAGUGGUUCAAUAUGCUGAGAACAGGUGGCACUUUCACUCGAACUUUCCUCAGCCGCGUCGUAAAGACCUAGUACAGUAAGAAUAACACCAUGAUCUUCUGCAUUCCGCUAAUCUCGUCUCUCCGUCAAAGAAGUCGAUCCUCCUUCUGCUCCCACGCACAUGUUGCCCUCGUCCUCCAGUAGUUCAUCCGCGUCUUCAGCGAUUUCUUCCGCAUCGAAAUUUUCAGCUGCUUCCUCAGCAUUCUCAACAUUGACCGAAAGGAUAAAAAAGAAGUUCCUGGAGGGCUCACACUCAGCAGAGCCUGUGGGUUCAACAAAUAGAGUUGUGGUGGAAGAAAUACAGGACAUCCGCAGUUUCGAGAGGAGAGAAGAUCCGCCGAGACCUGUGGCAGCUACUGGAGUUAGCGCGACCAGUAGUAGUGCAGACACUCGAAAUGGAUCGACUAGUAGCAAACUGGAGUUUGCCCAGUGGCGAUUGACACAUUUUCAGAAGACAGGGUACUAAAUGUCGUUUUGUUCAUGCCUUGUUCUUAGAGUUACUACUCAUGCUGUUGUAAAAAUUGCCUCUACUUAUUUACUCCAAUCAAUACAACGACAACUAGUGACUGACUCGGACUCACCUAAGCGAAGGAUCGCAAUAACCAUGAUCAGGUGGGGAGACAACAUAACACCGCACCAUAUGUACAAACUUGGGUAUCGGUAUUGCAGCACGUGCAAGAUCAUCCGCCCCCCAAGAGCUAGCCACUGUUCCAUUUGUGAUAAUUGCGUCUUACGCUUCGACCACCAUUGCCCCUUUGUCAACAACUGCGUUGGUGAGCGGAAUUACCCUUCGUUUUUUGGGUUUGUGACAUCUGUCUUCUUCCUGGGGAUCUUGGUCCUCCCUUCGAUUGCCUACGUCUUCGCGAACCAGGAUAGCAAGAAGAAAGGCUCCUCCUCAUCCUCAUCCUCCGACAACGAGAGCUUCUUUUCGAUCACGCUGUGGGUUGGCGUCCUUAUUUUAUGCCUGGUUCUUGUACAUGGGAUAACGAUUUAGAGCUAGAAGAUUUGCAUUCCUUCUGCAAUGUACUCCUGGAGCCUGCCGAGUGGAUCGCAUACAAGCCCUAGAAGCAAGAUAGAAAAGCACUAGUAACCAUGCGUUGUGACCACACGUUGUACUUGUAAGUAGCAGAGAGGAGUUCCCUGCUCUAAUCCUUGGUGGUAUCUUCGUCAUCGCCUUUUUCUUUGGCGCAGCAGUUUGGCUUUACCACGUCUUCCUGUACUUUACAGGACGCACUACAAAAGAACAUUGGAAGGAAAUGAGGAGUGCAAAAGCACAGAAUAGUGGAGCACUGAGUAGUGGAGAUGCUGGAAAAGCGGCCAAGAAGGACAAUUAUGGCAGGUCUGUAAGUCAAAGUCACUUGAGCUCUUCCUGCAGUAAGUUCAUAGAGAAACUGGAGUUCUAAUUCCUAAGUUAUAACAGCCUACAAGAAGUUCUAAUUCCACCAACAGCAGCAAGAAAAGAAGAACCCUCCGCCGAGCAAGGAUGCGAUCGCAGAACACGAAAAGCGAUUAAGGGUAGGUUAAUAAAGGUGCUUUUGUUCUUACCGUUUGUUGUAAUGCCUCUCCUAAAAAGGGAGACAGCCAUAACAAGCGGGAUAAACGAACACCAAAAACGUACCGCUAAAGCGAAAAGCAGAACAGAGAGCGAAGAUGGACGCGCUCGCUGGGCUCACUUCCGCAUCCUCCGCACUAAACCAGGACCGGGAUGGAUUGUUACAAGAGAUAUUGUCUGCUUCAUCUUCUGCACAAGGUGGACCACCAGGAGCAAACACGAGUCCCAAGAAGUUCGUAGGCCGUAGAGCAUCAGCACCGCCCAUUAUCGAGGAAGAAGAGGAGGACAUGAGCGCCAGUGGAGUUGCAGCAGGAACAGGAACAGAUACGAGGAACAACAAAAACAGUGAUACGGAUCCUAAGCAACUCCCCUCUGCCAGUGCAACAUCUCCACCGAGACGGCGGUCAUCUCCAGCCCAUAGCAACGCUAGUGGGAAUUCCCGAAGAACCUCAAGUCACUUCUCGUCACCAAUAAAAAACCCGUUUGGAAACAGCGAGGUUUACAAUACGGCUCAUAAGUAAUAAUUCGCAUAAUUGUUUCUCAUAUACUUCAAUAUGUUUACAAUAUAUAACAAUCCAACAACAAGCUAGACUAGCGGGUAGACCUCGUCUGGGAAAUCUUAGGCAGCCCGCCGAAUAGAUUCAAAUCAUCACCAAGGUCUUCUCCUUGAUGUUUCCUCUACGUCGGUCAUUUGGCAACGAGGACUUUACUCAGGUCACCUGCCUCGUUGCUCGUAGACUUUACACAGGUCACCCAUCAUCCUCGGAGGCGAGCAGGUGCUGGUGGGGCUCGUUGUGAAGGAUCCAUAUUAACCUAACCAAACCUUUCCGUCUUGGAUUCCAAGGAUGCGAGUUGAAAAGCUGAAAUAUUUCGAGCUCUAAUCACACGUUUGAAGAAAACUGGGAGAUACCAAAGUUUGCACAUUGUUUUCCGAGUUGUUUCACCACGAAGCCACCACUGUUGGACCCAUGGGUCAAAGUGGAUGUCGCCAAGAUGGAACACUAUGGGCGCUUUACGUCGCUACGGGAAGUAUCGUUGAAGUUAAGGCUCAUUUUUGGUAUACGAACGUCAUACAUAAGUUUCUUUACAGGUAAGUACUUCUUAUUAAGAACUGGUACAGGUACUUUCUCCAACUACUUUUUUUUACUAAGAAGAUCUUUGUACAAAAAAGUACUUGCAAGAGCAUUUUCCAACUACUUUUUUUUACUAAGAAGAUCUUUGUACAAAAAAGUACUUGCAAGAGCAUUUUCCAACUACUUUUUUUUACUAAGAAGAUCUUAGUACAAAAAAGUACUUGCAAAUGCAAGUGCAAGAGCAUAUCAGAGACGAUAUAAACACCCGCUGCUCUAAUACACGAAGCUUAUGAACGUGCGUGAGUGCAGUUGCGGAUAGGGACACAAAGCGGGAGAAGAACGUUGGCGUCAAUGCCUGAGAAUGUUUCGCUGUUCAAGCAGAUACUACUGUUUCGGUCAGCUGCUCUUUUCGUUUAAGCUAGAGUUAAUCCUGAUCUUGAUGAUUUCUUUGUACUUAUAUAUAAUCUAUCUAUGUGUGUUUAGAGUUCGAGGGGACCUUAGAGAGUUAGAGUUGUAAGUCACUAGAGUAAGUGUGAUCGCAUUUGAAAAUCAAAGUAAGUACUUACCGUUGUUGGCAAAUGCGUAGGGCGCUUGAGGCUGGAUCUGAGUAUUGACAAGCUUCAGCCUUCUUUGUGGAAGAGGACGACGAGUAGUAGAGAUUUCUUUGUAAAGAUUUUCAGUAGCGAAUCUAUAUAUUUUUCAGUAGCUACUAGCGAUAUAUAUUUACUAGCGAUAUAUAUUUUUUGGAUUCUCGAAUCUAGAUCAACAAUCUUCACGACGUAGUACCUCAUUUUUUGAUUAGAACAACUAAGUUUUCGACAACGUCGCGACGCUUGAGUUUAUCUUUGUCUGAUUUCUGCUCCUGGCAGAGGAUUAGAGUUCCUUAGAAGAAUUGUUGAAAUUAAAGUCGGACAGGGAAUUAUUAAAGUCUUUGUCUUAUAGGCAAACUGGAAAGUGAAUCUCGUGUCUCAGGCAAACUGGAAAGUAAAGAGCAAGCGAAAAAAAGAGCAUCAAGAAGGGAUCGAGGACGCAGUACAACUUACUAGUAUAAUCUUCCACUUACUAGUAUCUUCUAGUAUCCAACACUGUGAAGACGGAUGAAGAGCUGUCACUCGUUGACGUCGUAUCGCUGUG